UGAUCAUUGUGUUCGGAAGCCACACAUGUGUAAAUUUUUUAGAAAACAAUGUCAAUUGUUGAUUUACAUGGAUUUAAUUGAAUAAACACGGUAACUGAUUUUAAAUGAGAGAUCCGGAUAACUUCUGUGUGUUCAUUUGCCCUUCAGAAUUACAAUGAGCGAACACUUGAACAGGUCCGACCGCCCCGACAUGUUUCAAGACCGGGAGCUCCUCGAGGCGGUGAUGCAGAAGACCGCCGACGACAUGUCCGUCGGCAGUCGGCUGAGUUCGGUGUUCCUUCCACCGCACAGCCUGAGGUCCGAGGGAACGUUGAGUCGCCCCGGCAGCAUUGUAUCGAAGAACUCCCGACCCAGCGUUAUGCUUUCGCAGGAAAAACUCAGUGAUGUCGUCGAUUCGGUGAUGGAAAAUCAUAACAUUAUGAUAAACAACGAAAUUAUAAGAUUGCACAUUACUGUUCUAAGCGUUCUGUCCGUGUGUUCGCUCAUUUUGGCGUCGAUAUCAAUCCAGCUUAUCCAGGCCUUAUCGCAGCAAGAGACGCUGCGUCAAAGUUCAGAAUUAGUUAAGAACUCGAUUAUCGACGUCGAUCUGACGUAUCUUUCGGUAACGGAGGUGGCGACGGCGCUGUCGACGUUUGUAGUGACGUUAGACGUUACGUGCGUGUUUGUGUGCACGGUCCAGUGUCUGAUUGUGGUCAAGUUGCUAAAGGUUAACCUCGGAGAAGAAAGAGCCCUCAAGUUUGUGCAAGACUGUUCCAGCUUCCGGUUUGUUGCCAUUUCCGGUUUCUUCGUCUCAAUACCGGUCUUUCUUGUAGCGCUGGUCCUAUACAUGGUUUGCACGUUCUCCAAGGCGGCCGCCAUCACGGCCACGGUGAUACUUGCCGUCGGCGUCGUCUUCUGCGUCGUCAGCGCCGUCACGAACGUUUACCAUUGGCGAGUUGAACGAUCACGUGGCAUAGCUGGACUUCCAGUGUUUGAACAUUCGUCGCCUAUUCCAUCUGGCGAAAAACAGGAGAAUGGAAAAGAACUUUCUACGCUGGUGUGAAAGUCUUCUACGAAUGAAGAUUGUAGAACUGUUAUGAAAGCACAUGAAGGGAAACAUUGCUCAUGUUUUGCCUUUGAUUAAUAAAUUAGUUCAUAAAGUUUA